GAAGCAUUGUAAUGAUGAUUAGUAAAUCAUAUUGAAAAAGAGUUAUAAUCACAAUGAUAAUCGUCAUUUAAAUUAACUAAGUGCUCAUUUUAUACAAUUUGUUGUUCCUUGUUUGCAUAAGAUAUUUCAAUGAAUUGGUUUCAUUUCACAACUAUGAAACAUUGUAUUCCCAAAGUCUUUACGUUUGCCGGAUUCAAAGCAAAUUUGAUAAAAGCCAUUCAAUCAGUGUUUGGACUGCAUUUGACUAAUUUUGACGAUUCAGAAGUGAUUGUAAUUUUGAAGCGAUUUGAAUCAAUUUGUGUUUCAUUCAAUAUUUUACCAAAUGGAUUCGAUCAAGAUCAAAGUAUAACUCCAUCCAAAUGGACUAAAGCCAAAUCGAUCCUCUAUUCCAGUCUAAUGACGGUCAAUAUUGUUCAUUUGCUAUUUUUGAGCGUUUUUGAUUCACCAGAACAUUUGUCUAUCAUUUUGGGAGACUUCUUUUACGGUCAUCCAAGUCGAAGGUAUGUUUGGAUCUACUGGACAAUUCUGCUUAUUUUUGGUGAAGUUCUAAGACAUUACUGGAUAUAUUUAUACAGAAACGGCAAAUCGUUUUCAUUUCGCUGGCAUAAAGGAUACAAGCCUGAAGCAUUGUUCAUGAGCAAAUUUUACUGCCAUAAAUACAGUUUCAUAGCUUCUACUUUAGCCAAUCUAUGGAUCAGGGCAAUUUUACUAUUUGGAAUAGGAUUAGGUCCAGUUUUGAUUAUUAUUGUUCAAUUGGUAUCUCAACUACCCAAGACCCCCCAACAAUUUAUUUUCACUUACAGCUGGCUUUUAAUCGAUUAUUUUGGCAUUUUCUGCACUUUGGCCAAUUUAAUAUUAACUGGUGCAAUAAUUACCAUUGACCUGUCAUAUUUUUUCCUCAGGUGUGCUCAUGUAACUCAAGCUUUGCAAAAUUUUGUCGAUGAAAAGAUGUGUUUACAGAGAAGUAAUUUCUUGCCUUAUUAUGAAACAAUUAUUCAAGAUAUCAUUGUAUUUCUGAAUCAAACCGAAUCUCGUAAUCAUAAAGUCAGGAACUGGAUGAUAUUUAUGUAUCUCGGAAUAUCUUUUAGCGCAGAUUUUGGGUUUUACACUGCCGCUAUCGUCCAUAUUGAUCAUGGAUCUUUAGACUUUGUUACAAUAGCCAUAUCUGCAUUGUCCAUAUUCACGAUAGGGAUUAGCUCUUAUGUAAGUGGUAUCAUGUUGGCAAUGAUGCAAUCUUGUUAUAAAAAUAACAUGAAAGUGGCUAAAUAUUUGCCAUCGAAUGUGAAUUCAUUUAUAAAGUUUGCUGAUUUACAGAGUCGGCUUUCCAGGACUGACAUUGCCUUUACAGUCGGUUCAAUUUUGGAUAUGACCAAAUGGCUUUUUGUUAUUUAUUUGAUCGAAAAUGCAGGCUUGGUCAUGAUGUUCAUUAUAAACGUGAAAUGAAACAUGAGUAAGUGGAACAUCUUUUGUCAAAUUUAAAUGCUUUCAUGUCAAACUCAAACGUAUAUCAUGGUCCAUGUUGUUGUCGUUCAUCCUGGAAUGGGAAAAGUCAAGAGCGUCCUUACUUAUACCAUCGAGGUUAAUACCAUCUGAGAUUCAUUAAUUGAUUAUUUUUGUCUUAAUCUGAACUUGUUUUGGGAAAAAAUCAAAAUCAAAAUUUCAAACAAAUUGAUCGCCACCUUUUGAGUUAAAAAUGAAUCAACAGUCGUUAAACAAUAAACAUCGUCUGAUAAUAAAAUAUUCAAAGUAAUUUUACUUUAAAGGUGCUUCUCUUUCAAUUAUUCAACCAUAAUUUACCUGUUUUUCAAUUGUCCAUCUAAUUAAUUUAACUUUCACAAGCCGUGUUCCAUCUAAUUAUUGUCAAUUGCGUGAUAAUAAACAAAGCAAUAUGUUAAUGGCUUUGUUUUUCAAGUUCAACAGUUCCGUUCUUAAGCCUUUACAAAUAACCGUCAACAACAGUUGUUUACUUAUAAGUGCUCUUGAUUGUUACAAAAUGUAAUGACAACAACCUGUUCAACAAAACAACAGCACCAUCAACAAAUUAUUCAAAAACAAUAGGAUUAAAAAAGCUUUAAUUGAAAGUAUUGCUGUAUGUACAAAGUAAACUCCAGUUUCCAGGUCAUCUUGUUGCAUGUUGAUGCUGUUUUGUGUUAUUUUUAUUUUUACGGUUGGAUAACAUUUUAGUCAAGACAAGCAGAUUGCAUAUAAAGAUACAUGUUAAACAAGGAAAUGCUGUUUACGACACGAUCGACAAUCUAACAUCAACAAACCAACAUUAUCAUCAUCUUCAUGAUUAACAACGCAACAACAAUUACCAUCCCCUUCAUCACCAUCUUAAUUUAGUUUACUUUAAUUGUUUCAGCUUUUCACUCAACGAGAUGUUUACCUUGUCCUGUUACAUUGAACAGCAACUGACUUGGUAAUUAAUUUGACUCUCCAUUUCAAAAAAAAAUCUUAUGGUUUGCAAGGCUAGUUGAAUUGUCCAGUUAAUCUGAUAUCGAGAACAAUCAAGCCCAAAAGUGGUGACAUUAACAUUGAAUGUUAAACAAGUCACAUAUCAUUUGGAUCAAGAAUAGUAUUGAUGGGACAGAUUGGUGAGACCAAUGACAAACUCGAUGGCAACACAAUUUGGGAAAUUUUAAUGAUGACUCGAAUUACAUGAUUGGAGCUGAGUUGUGUUCAAGAAUAUCAAAUUUCAUCAAUAACUAAUUGUUUCUAAAAAAGCCUUUAAUUUGUUACAUUAUUUACCUUGACCAGAUGCAGUAGUACAAUCAAAGCUUGGAUCCAGUUUAGGAUAUUACUGAUAAACUGAAUGAAAAGUGAUUAUUAUAAUCAUUAUCGUAACUUGCCAUUAUUAGCAUAAGGUUAACAUCACGUCUCAAAUAGUUCAUUUAAUCUAACUUCAAUUUAUCCCAACCUCAUUAUCAGUACAAAUAGUGAAAGUAAAGGAUUAAUAGUUAUGCUUGGAA